UUUGCAGGGAAGUGGCAUUUCACAGCCACUGUUUCCAACUGCUCCGUGUUCCUGAAGAUGAAGGACGGGAUGAAGUCACCCACCGCCACCAUCAGCUUCACGCCGGAGGGGGACCUGGCUAUGAAGCUUGCCUGGCCCCUGCCGGACAGAUGCCAGAGGUUGGAGCUGCUGUUCCAGCAGAGCGGUCAGGCAGGACACUACAUGGCAGCACAAGAGAAGAGAGACCUGCAUGUGAUGGAGACAGACUACAGCCACUACGCCAUUGUGCAUGAGACCCAGCACAGCGAGCAGCAGCCCAGCAUCGCGCUGCAGCUCCUCACGAGGAAGCAGGACGUGAGCCCCUGCCUCCUGCAGAAGUUUGAAGAGUUCAUCCCCGUCAUGGGGCUGACGAAGGCCAUGCUGGCUGUGCUGCCCAAGUCGGGUGAGUGCUAG